AUGCUCUCCCUGAACACUAUUGUCCCACAGGCACUGCGCAACGUUACAGCUGGUCUUCUUGGCAAUUAUGAUGGGGAUGUCAGCAAUGAAUUCAUGAUGCCGAACGGAACUGUUCUUUUUACAAAUAUAUCUGAAAGAGAAGUGUUUGCAUAUUGCAAGACAUGGGCGAUAAAUCCUAAUAGAUCUGCCUUCAUGUACAGUGAAGGAAAAACACACUACGAUUAUCACAAUGACAGCUACGUACCAGGCUUUUUAGAUGAAGUUGAUCCCAAUAAAAGGACAGAAGCAGAAAAGGCUUGUAACGGUUCACAAAAUAUUGAGUGUGUAUAUGAUCUUGUGUUCACGGAGAAGACAGAGAUUGCUAAAGAUACAAAUCGCAUUACGAGUCAAGCUGAUUGGACACGGAGUGAAAUGGGUAAAACUGUGCCGUCUCUGAAAGGAUGUGAAACAGUGAAUGCUGUUAAAGGAGAAAAUGUGACGUGUAGAGUUACUUUAGACGAAGGCUCUAGUAUACAUUUCAUCGAAAAUAAUGCCAGUGCUGUAUUUAACCAUACUACAUCAACCGUUUCAUAUAUUCAACUAGAUGAGAGUCCAGCGGUGAUUCGAUUUUCAGCAAAAAAUUCAAAAGACAGGUUUUCUCCAUCAUUCAUUAUGAGUGUUCUGUUGUGUACGGGUUGCAAUGGGCGUGGCUAUUGUACUGACGAACCAAGAGAGGACCCAAGAGAGACGGAAUAUUUCAAAUACGCAACAUGCGUCUGUCAGCCCGAAUAUGAAGAUAUCAAUGAAUGUGACGAAGCAAUACAUAACUGCUCUCAUACAUGUAACAACACGAUGGGCGGAUUUUCAUGUCUGUGCUUCCCUGGAUACAUCUUUAACGACACUACAUGGAAUUGUGAUGCUAGUUCUGAUGGCAAGUGUACGAAUGAAGAAAUCGCAAGCUGUGGCAACACAGAUGGAUGUAUUAAAGAUAAGGAUAGUUUCAGGUGCUUCUGUGAAUCUGGAUACGAGCUAGAUGAUACAGAAAAAGCGUGCAAAGAAUGCGAGGUCCCGUUUUGGGGUGUGAACUGUAUCAAUAUGUGUGAAUGCAUGGGUCAAGGGACAGACAGAUGCGAUCCUGGUAAAGGCUGCAUAUGUGCAGCUGGCUGGACUGGUGAGAAGUGUAACAUCGAUAUCGAUGAAUGUCAACUUCCUGUUAACGUCUGCAAAGACCCAAGGAAAGAAUGUAACAACAACUUAGGAUCAUACAUGUGCAACUGUAGACAAGGAUACAUUGAAUCAAGUAGUGGAUUGUGUGAGGAUAUAAACGAAUGCAAAAACAAAAGUUUGAACCUAUGUGCUGAUGAUGCUGAAUGCAUCAACAUUGAAGGAUCUUUUAAAUGCAAGUGUCCUGUUGGUACACAGCUAGAAAACGAUGGUCGGACAUGUUCAGUUUGUGAUGAGUUCCAUUAUGGCAAAGAAUGUUCGCAGAGUUGCAGCUGCUUACAUGGACAUUGCGAUAAAACAUUAGGUUGUGUUUGUAAACAUGGUUGGGGAGGAAGAAACUGCGAUAUUGACAGAAACGAAUGCGAAAGUGAAGCAUUUGUAUGUGAAGGUGAAAAUACAGAGUGUGUGAAUACACCUGGCAGUGCAAUGUGCAGCUGCAUGACAGGGUUCAUCAAUGUGUCUGGAAUCUGCAGAGAUAUAGACGAGUGCAAAACCAUGUCCGAACAUAAUUGCGACCAGCAAUGUAUUAACACUGUAGGUAGUUACAGGUGCGACUGCCAAAACGGAUUUGUUUAUCAAGAGGAAACAUGCACAGAUAUCAACGAAUGUUUGCACAGUCAUCAAUGUGACCAAAUCUGUGAAAAUACAGUCGGAAGUUACAGAUGUCUCUGUGAGCCAGGGUUCAGCCUAAACUUGACUGACAGAAAGUCCUGUCUAGCAAAUUCUGGCUGUGCGAAACAAGACAAGGACAAAUGUGGUGGGAAUGCAACAUGUUUUGUGGUAGAUGGAAAACCAAACUGCAUUUGUAACAAAGGGUUUUCGAGCAGUGGCGAUAUCUGUAUAGAUAUUGACGAGUGUACCGCUGCUAAUAGACUGUGUAGCCAAUAUUGUAAUAACACUCUUGGAAGUUAUACAUGUCACUGCAGCGAAGGUUUUUACCUAAUGAAUGAUGGUAUCACGUGCCAAGAAUGCUACGAAGGUUGGUAUGGACACCAGUGUGAACUGACUUGUUCAUGUGUCUCACCAAACACUGAAAGCUGUGAUAAAGUUAAUGGCAAGUGCAACUGCAAGAAAGAAUGGCAAGGAUACAGCUGUAAUGAGGAUGUCGAUGAAUGCAAAAUGAACAUUUCUUAUUGCCCGAUAAACUCAGACUGCGAAAACAAACAUGGAAGCUACGGGUGCAAAUGCGAAAUCGGCUACUAUAAGACAGGAAGCGGAAACUGUGCAGAAUGCGACUCUAUGAAUUAUGGUAAAAAUUGCAAUGAAGAGUGUAAAUGCUCCUUUGAAAACGCAUUAAAGUGUAACAAUGUUGACGGAACCUGUAUGUGCAAAAUGGGAUGGCAAGGAAGUGUCUGUCUGGAAAACAAAGACGAAUGUACUAGUAACAAUCAUACAUGCAGCUCGAACUCAAAAUGCUUAGACACUCAUGGCUCAUAUAAUUGCGUCUGUGACGAAGGAUUUCAUAAGCAAGGAGACAAUUGUAUAGCUUGUAGUAGCAAUACCUUUGGAAAAGAUUGUUCAACGAAAUGCAGCUGCAACGUAGAACAUUCCGCCAAUAAAACACAGACAUGCGACAUUGUCACGGGACAGUGCAAAUGCUUACCAAAUUGGCAAGGGGACAACUGCAAUAACGAUAUAAAUGAAUGUGAUGACAGUUUGAAGUGUAAAAACGAAGAGAACAAAGAAUGUCGUAAUACAAUUGGCUGGUACACCUGUGAAUGUAUAAAUGGGUACAAAGAAUAUCCUAACGGCAAAUGCGUAAAAAAUGAACCUAUUAUGAUUGAUCUAAGCAUACGUGUAUAUCUUCCUGAAAGAAUAGACCUAAAUGAUCCGGUCCAGAAAAUGACACUUGAAACUAAUGCCAUCCACAGUCUGGACGAAUUUUACCGUCUCUAUACAAAGGCAAAUAUAGAAAUACAUAUUACUGACAUAAGAUGGCGUCAUUUGAAAUCUCGUAGCACACGCGUGAGUUUAAUGAUUGACUAUACAGUGACUUAUGAAGAAUACGACUUUGGAGUUGCAUCUGCAUUGACAGCAGCAACAAUAGAUUUAUGUCAAGGCACAGUUCUGUUAUUUGGAGGGAACAAUGUCACCGUCGCAACGGAUUCUUUCAAAGAUAUGGAACCAUGUGAGGUUUACCAUGAUACCGUGGGAUCUUGCGGAGAAGGGUACCAGUGUGUGCGGGAGAAUAGUUACCCUAUAUGCCGGCUAACAGUAAACGAUCCAAACUUACCUCUCAUCAUUGGAGUGUCUGUUGGCGGAUUCAUUCUCGUCCUGAUAAUUGUAAUAGUUAUCGUGUGUAUAGGAAAACAUAAACAAAACCGGAAGAUAGGGAACAGAGAUAUGAUACGCAUUUCAAGUGCUUCAGAUUUGGAAAAGAAGUUGAAUGCAGAUAAUCCUCGACCACCAAAUGUUUACAACCAGCUUAUUUUGCAGAAUUUUUCAGACGCUGGUAAUAAAGACAGUGAAGAAUCCAAGUAUAUGACAUGGAAAUCAAUGGUCCCAACAUUCACGAUGCCGUCUCAGAAAGAUACCGUCUACAACCAACACUUUCAGAUUCCUUGUGCCAUAAUGGAACCGGACUACAUCAAUCCAAGGACAUAAUGAGUUGCUUGACUUGAUAAACGAAUGUUGCAAAAUGUCAAAUUAGUUUCGAAACAGUGAAUUCCCUUGUGUCAGCCUCUCUCUCGCUCUCUCGCCGUUAAACGUGUAUACUAUGUGAACAUUUUCAGAAAACGUUUUAAUAUGAUUAUUACUUCAAUAUUUCCAUAACAAAGACGAAGAACUUCGAUAGAAACAAUAAAAAGUAAUAGCUACAGUUUCCUUGUGAAAUGGAUGUAACUAUUUUAAAAUGAUUUGUGAACAUGAAAGGUCAAAAGUUGAAAUAUGAAUGGUUUCUAAACAACAUGCUUAAAGUGAAGUGCUGUUAAGUAUUAUUAACAAUUCGAGGUGAAUUCGUUGUUGCUGUAUAUGCGUUUUCAAAUAUUCUCAUUGCAUCUAGAUCAAUCUAAAUAAUCAGUUGAAUGGUCAGGCAGUUUUUAAACAAAAAGCGUGUUUACUUCAGAUGAAUAUAUGGUGAAGUAUAAUAUUUGCUAAGAGUGGUCAUUAUAAAAAAUUUGUAUUGUUUCUUGUUGUAAAUACAUGCAUAUAGAUGAUAACAAACUUUAUGUAAAUAGUCAGUUAUUAUAUUUCAUAACCAACUUUAUGUAGAUAGUCAUUUUCAGCUAUUUUACCCCAGCAGAAAUAAUCUGUUUCAUAACACAUAAAUGUAAAACAAAAAUUCAGUAAGUAAACGCAGUCGAAGGAAGUUCGGUAUACACUCAAUGCAAUUCUUGCAAGACAAAUUCAAAACUUAUUGGUCGAGCUCCGAAGGCAAGCCAUACAAUAAAUGAUUUAUUACUUAACAUUAUUUAAGUAUAUUUAAAACAGUGGGCAGCUGUCCAUAGACUUGUCAUAGACAUAUUAUGGACCGAUUCAACAAUUGAAACAGCUUACGAUGGUGAUGGUCAUUUCAUAGAAGUUUCGUAUAUUAACCAGUUACACAUGAAUUAUUAUUCGGAUUUAUCAUCAAAAACAACGAUGCCUUUUGAGAAAAGGGGAAUAAAAGUAUUACUGGUACUGAUGAUAAACCCGGACAGAUGAUAAAGUCGAACACCUUGGAAAUAUUCGAUUGCAAUCGGUUAUUUAUAAAACUGAACACACCAUCUAAUAGUUUCCACUUACAACACCAACUGGUGUAAACAAAAACAAAAUUGGUAAAUAUUCUGUAUAAAUAAAUGACUUACAUAAAUUUGUAUAAAAAAUAUUUAUCCAAAAUUACUGGGGAAGAGGGUGUUUUUUUGCGCAUGCUCGCUGUCGAAACAUAAAAGUCUGACAUUUUUUAACUUUUCAUUACGUGAUCAGGAAAGACUGUUGCAGCUUUUUGGGGAAAGUUUCAAUAUAAUAAUACCAAGAAAAUUUUGUAAAUGACAAAGGGUUCGAAUUUAUCAUCAGUCAACGUUCAUAAAGUCCCUUUUAUAUACCCCUUUCAGACCCUCACUUCGUGUGAGUUUGCUUACUAAAUAUAAUUUGAAUUAUGUAAAGUUAUCAGCAAAGGUUAAGCUUUAUUUUUAUACCGGCCAUUGAUUUCAAUUUGCAGAAAUAAAAAAGUUACAGAUAAAAAAACCUCAUUUUCUGUUCGGUUUUAUCAUCAGUACCAGUAUCUAAUUAUAAUAAAUAUGUUCGUUAAUUAUUUUGAUCACAUUGUAAGACACUUAAUUUAUUCUUACCAUUUGCAUGGUUUAUCUCUAUAUAUUAUCUAUCAGGUAAUGCUAAAUGAUUUGCUAGAGUACGUAAAUAUCAAAUCAUACUGCCACUCUUAAACUCAAGCCCGGAACUAGAAAAAAUGAAUUAAGGGAGAGUUAGUUACACUGACCCUUUAACUGGGUGUCCAAUAAGAAUUCAAUUAUAUAAUAUAACGAAAGGUAAGAAAAGCAGCUUUCAGGAACCUUAAUAAUUUUUGCAAUAUAUAUAUUUGUACAAUCCAGCAAAUGUAUAUAUUUUCAGUGUAUUAUCUGAUUUAAGUGUUAUAUAUAGGUUUUGAAUAAAU